AUGUUCACCACGCGCGUGACGUCGUUCGCGCUCGGGUUCGCGUGCGCGUCCGGGAUCUCGAUGUAUAAGCUGAAGGAGGAGAUCUGGAGCUCGCACAAGAUCCUCGCGGAUCAGUGCGCGAACACGGAGGCGCGGCUGAGCAAGCUCGAGAUGACGGCGUCGAAGCAGUGA